AUGGCUCAGUUUCGCGAGUUGGUCCGGCAGUCCAAGCUGUUUUCGCUGCCGCCAAAGGGCGUGAAAGUACGGAGCAAGAAUGUUCCUCGCCGCCAGGCUAUUGAGACGACAUCUGCCGCCAAGUUCCGCCACAACUGGGGUCUCAAGUCGCCGAUUCCCGACAAGGCCCAGGCCAAGCUUAUGACGGUUAACAGACUGGAUACGCCUAUGGGUAUUCCCGAUGUGAAUUAUAAUGCAGCGUUUGCUCGCCGUCUACAGAAGUUCAACGAGCUUGGGUUCCCAGUUGUUUUGCAUCCCAACCCCGAGUUUCCAUCUCUUUUUGCAGCCGGUGAUCGACUGGCCAAAAGCCUGGCUCGCAUGUCGGAGAAGGAGCGAAAGCACGUUAUUGAGAGUGCACGCGACCGCCGCUCGGAGUACAAGCACUUUGUCGAUUCCACUGCUGCUAGCCGGGUCCCUAAGCGUCCUGCGUUUUCCACUCGGAUGGGAGACGCAGCCACGGCGAAUCGCCCGGCAUCGCGGCUGCCAGGUGUGUUAGAGAGCUUCAUGGGUCUGCCCUCAAGCUCACACAUGGGUCCUAACGAUCCCAGCGUGUCGUCCACAGUCAUUGGUUUGAGCUACGAGCUCAAGGGAGUUGCCCACAACACUCCGGAGGGUAUUUUUGCCUCCAAGCCCGUGCGGGGCCGUGUCCUGCCCAAGCAGGGUACCAAGCCUGCUGCGGUUGCCGGCUUCGUUGCUCGGAUGCCCCGAAACGAGCCCAUCCCGGCUGGAGCCGAGACGGCUCACCAGAGACCAGUUGUUAUGCGCAUUGACCGGGCCACGACGACCAGCGUGGGCGACGUUAAUAUUCAGGUGAACACGUUUAAUGACGGCGCUGCUGAUGACCGCGAAUCGCUGGGUAGUAUCAUUGACAGCUCGGUGGGUGCGCUGAGCCGGAUUCGUUAA